AUGCGGCGCGGCGAGUACCUGCAGUUCGCGCACGCUUUCAAUCGUGAAGGCGUGGGUCGUGAGGGUGGCACGUAUUCAGAUCUGGCAAAUGGCGGAAGCCCGAGUCACAUGACCCAAAGCCAUAUGAGCCAGAGCCACAUGGCACACGGCGGUCAGUUGGGGCUGGCUCAAGGUCACAUGGCUCAAGGUCACAUGGCUCAAGGCCACAUGGCUCAAGGCCAAAUGGCUCAAGGUCAGAUGGGGCUGGCUCAGAGCCAGAUGGCAUUGAGUCAGGAGUUCGAAGAUUACGAGGGGUCACCAUGGCGUGUGCAGCGGGUGAGUGAGGACACGGCUCGGUUAUUAAUGGAUUUCGGUUGUGAGCUAUUUGAUAUAUAUCGUCCAGUUCGUGACCCAAAAUAUGUAGCGUCAGAGUUGGGUGAUAGUGUGUUAUGUUUGUCACACACGGAGAUUUUAAAGGAUCUAUCAUGCUAUCUAUGUAAGGGGUUAUGUAAGGAGGCUAUGACUGUGAAGGAGUGUUGUCAUCGAUUUUGUAAUGACUGUAUACAGAAAUGGUUGCGUAGUGGGAAGCAGACAUGUCCGCAAUGUGUGUGUAAGAUACCUUCAAGACGAGUAUUGAGGGCAGACAAGAACAUGGAUCUGAUAAUUCAGCGUUUGUUCCCUGACUUGGAGCCAUUGCAACACUUCGAUCGGACACGUUCGCGGGAGUCUGUAGAGGCCAGUAGCGCGGAAAGUGGUGAGCCGGAGCUUACAUCUUCCUCGUCCCCGUUACCCAGUGAAGAUGAGGAAGAGGAAGAGAGUGUAGAGGAAGAGAGCGAAGAUGACGUCUCCCUUGAUGAAGACGAAGAAUUACCGACCCGCGCUAAACGGGGAAGACCAAAAGGCAGCACCAAUAAGAAAACCAUUAUUCCUCGUGUAAUACCACCCAUCUACAACGUACCCACCAUGGAAGAAAUGUACGCAGACGACUCCGGCUGCCUAGAAAUAUUCCUCGUAUGCCUUAACCAUAAUCUACCCACAGCCGUAUGCAGCAUGGCCAGAGAACUUAGCAAACGACCUAUGAAACUCGCUGUUGGGGCAACCACACGAGACGCUGCCAUGAUACUCGCAGAGAAGCUCGUCCGAGACGUAUUAGGACCAUUCGACGUACACUCCAUCGUCACAGAUCUGUCCUUCGUACGCGACGGAGAAAUUUGGCCCGCCGUUAGCGAUGCACCACUCAGUGAAGUUUGCAGACAAGUCACCGAAAGUCGCGGACCCAUUGCACUCCGAUACCUACUCAGCGACCGCCUUUUCUCACUCUGCGAACGUAUUGAAGCCGCCUACUGA